CUGGGCUGUGUUCUCAGCUUUUCCCUCUUGAGGAUGGGCUGAUGAAGUUGACGUCCCUGCUUUGCUGUCGUGCUUGCUGCUCCGAACAUCGAGAAACACAGUGGAGAUCAUGCCUGCGGCGCAGCUGUCGAGCAACUUGGCAGGCCUUCCCCCAGUUCCAGCUUGUACUUCCAUCCGAACGUCGCCCUCGGUGACCCCCUUACUGAUACAAAAUACACUCUCUUCGAGCCUAUCGCGACCCAAUCCUCCUUCGACCCGGUCAACCUACCUCGCGUGCUCGCGACAAGAGAGCCUCAAGACUGCCUAUUUAAUUCAACCUUUUCGGGCCAUGCCUGCGUCCCGCAUAAUGCCCAAUUCGAGAUUUAGCUAGCACACACCGCGACUGUGUUGCGCAUUGCUCACCGUACUCAACCUUUGCCGAACUGACCGACCGACGGAGCCGGACGAUCGAUAGACAUGAACGAGAACGCGCCGCAAACUCCUCGCAGAGCCUCUGCGAAUUCGUAUCCUCCUCUGCAAUCGAUUCCCCUUCAGGAACUGCAGCGGUCUGUAGAUGCUGACACCAGCCGUGGAAGCGCCGCGCCGGGCGGCAGUGGGACGGCGCAGGGGGGAUGGCAUUACCAGACGGGAACAGGAGCACACAAUGGGCCCGGAGAGGCUCUGUCGCCCAUUGUCUUGUCGGCAAACCUUCCGGGUUUCUCGUCAUAUUGGGAGCAUCCGUACCCCAACGCUGACGAUCCGGGCGACGGCGGCGCCUCGCCCAUCGACCCCAUGGCCUUGCAAUUUGCCCUUCCUCCCGACAUACACCCACAACAACAUGCCUUCCGGCCCGGGCAAUACAUGACCUCCGCCGACGACCCGUACCAGGUCCCCCAUGCUUACUACGAGGAGCGCGCCGAAACGGAUUCUCUCGAGUCGGACAGGGUGCCCCUGAAGCCGGCGGCACAGCCCAUCAGCCGCCUGGAAUCCCAGGAUGGCGAGCCAUCGCCCCGGAACAGCUUCCAGACGGUAUCGGAUCUCGGGAACACCGCCUCUCGCGCUCGGAGCGCCCAAAUGCUCGGCUUUGACCUCGAACCCGGGUUAGCCUCAGACCGCCACCGCAGCUAUGGAGAUCACCUCUCGCCUAUGGACCGGCGCUCGUCCCGGUCCCUGUCGACGAGCGGCGCGUUGUCCAGGGCGGGCACCAUAAUGAGAGCCAUGUCUCAGCGUGUCGUAAUGAUCAGCGGAGAGGGCGACCUCGUCGACCAGCAAACUCGGCGGGAUCGGUCACGGUCGCCGAGCGCUGAUGGGCGUCGACGGCCUGACGCACCCGGGCCCAUGCUUGUUAAUACCUCGUACCCUUCGCAAAUGUUCCAACCAUCAGCCGAAAAACGACCAGACAGUGAAAUUUUCCAGCCGGCGCCACCAGUUGCCAGGCUUCGGCGUCACGGCCCGCUCCCGAACCCCCUGAGAGGGAAGUCUUUGGGAAUCUUUCCCCCCGACAAUCCAAUACGGAAACGGCUAUGCGAUCUGUUAGUCAACCCAUGGACUGAGCCGUUCAUCUUGGUCCUUAUCAUUGCCCAGGCAAUUCUCUUGGCCAUCGAAGCCGCACCAGACGUCUUUGUCGACGGGAAUAGCAGACCCGAACGCUGGGGUAGUACCCGAAUUGACUGGGCCAUCUUUGCGCUUUUCGUCGUUUUCACCCUCGAGAUCAUAGCCAGAGUCAUCGUGUCCGGCUUGAUGAUCAACGCGGAUGAAUAUGCGCCACUCAGAAGCAAGCGGAGACUCAGGGAAAGAGUCGCCGAGCAGUACCGGCACAUCUUCAAACCCCAGCGCCAGAAAUCAGUCCGGCAGCCGCCACAGGAACAGCAGUUCGUGCCCACAUUCGCACGAUCGUUUACCAUGAUGCAGGGAGUAGCGGCUCAGGUCUCGCUGGAGGAACAGCAGCGGCUUCAUCUCGCACGCAGGGCAUUCCUGCGCCACGGUUUCAACAGACUCGACUUCGUCGCUGUCGUUGCCUUCUGGAUAUCCUUCGUCCUCGGCGUCACCGGCGUGGAGAGCAGGCACUCGGUUUACGUGUUUCGUAUGCUCAGCUCACUACGUAUCAUCAGGUUGCUCGCUCUCACGAAAGGCAAUAUCAUUAUUCUCCGGAGUCUUAAGAAGUCUGCUCCGCUCCUCGUUCGAGUAUCGUUUCUGAUGGGCUUCUUUUGGCUUCUUUUUGCCAUCGUUGGAGUCCAGAGCUUCAAGUCCAGUCUAAGCCGCCAAUGCACUUGGAUCAACCCAGAGGAUCCCACAAACUUCAGUGCCGCUUACACCCCGAGCAUGUCAUUCUGCGGUGGCCAUCUGGACGCUCUGACAGGCAUAGCCGAGCCCUGGGUCUACUCGCCAACCAAGAACUUGUCUUCCGAGUUCCUCUUGCCCGGCGCGAGCAGUGCCAAAGGCUUCCUGUGCCCGAGAGGUUCCAUAUGCCUUCAACAGGGCAAUCCCUUCAAUGGGACAGUAAACUUCGAUGACAUUGGGCAUUCCCUCGAGCUGGUCUUUGUCAUCAUGAGCGCCAACACCUUCUCCGAUCUCAUGUACUACACCGUGAGCUCGGAUUUCCUCCCAGCCGCCCUCUUUUUCGGCGCCGGCAUCAUCAUCAUGAUGCUUUGGAUGACCAACUUGCUGAUUGCUGUCAUCACUUCAUCCUUCCAAGUCAUCAGAGAAGAAUCCAAGGCCAGCGCCUUCACAGCCGACGACGAGCAGCCUCUCUUCCAUCCGGAUAUGGAGAAGGGUCCGCGCAGACAAUCGGCGUUCCAGCGAUUAUACAGGAAGAGCUCGUGGUUCUGGGUCGUGCUGAUCCUUCUUGGCCUCUUCUGUCAGGCCUUAAGAAGCGCUACCAUGACAUCGAGCCGCGAGGAUUUCAUCAAUGCGGCCGAGAUUGUGGUCACUAGCCUUCUCGACCUCGAGAUCGUUCUACGGUUCAUCGCCGACUUUCAAAGAUUUCACCGCAAACCCCGUAAUCUGUUUGAUCUCGGUCUUGCCAUCAUCACGACCGUCAUCCUUUUCCCGCCGAUCCGCAAUUCAGGCCAGGUCUAUAACUGGCUUACCAUCUUCCAGAUUAUCCGGGCCUACCGCGUCGUCCUCGCCAUUCCCAUGACAAAGAAGCUGAUUCAGCUCGUGUUGGGGAACGUUACCGGCAUUGGGAAUUUGAUGCUGUUCGUGUUUCUCAUCACGUUCUUAAUGGCCAUCUUUGCCUCGCAACUCUUCCGAGGUCAGUUGCCGGCUGUAGAUGACGAUGACGAGCCGAUAAGAAUCCCGUUCAACACCAUCUACAAUUCAUUCCUCGGAAUGUACCAGGUUCUUUCGAGCGAGAACUGGACGGAUAUCCUCUACAAUAUCACGACAUACACGACCCACCUCGGCACUGCCUGGAUUGGGGCCGUGUUUGUCAUUGGCUGGUUCAUUCUCUCCUACUUCAUUCUCAUCAACAUGUUCAUUGCCGUCAUCCAAGAGAACUUUGACGUGAGCGAGGACAUGAAGCGGCUAGAACAGGUCAAGGCGUUCCUGCAACGCAGAGAGCUAGGCACCUCGUCCAACCUUGCACUGUCCAAGGUUUUUGGCUUUGGCAGGUCCCGAAGUCGGGUAGACCCCGUCGACCAGACAACGGGCGUGGGGGUGGUCGACGUGCUCUUCAAGGAGACUUUUGUGCGUGAGUUUCUUGAUGAGGCCUUGGAUGAGUUGCAGGAGCAUCCGAAGGAUGGCCAAUCCACGCAACAACCAGGGUCAAAAGGCCGGGUCAAUACCGGGCUGCUGUCCGUUCUGCGGGGAAAGGCGGCCUCCCUCUUUCGCAGCCGAGAGCCCAAUCCGUUCUAUUCCAAUGUCCGCUUCGGCGGACCCAUUAUGUCCCUGGACCCUGCGCAGCUAGCCCGCCAGGCUGUGAGUGCUACUCAGGCUCGACGCAAGGCACAGAGGGAGUACCUGAUGCGCCAUCCUAACUACAAUACAUCCCUCUUUAUAUUCAAGCCACGAAAUCGCCUGCGGAGGCUCUGCCAGAAGCUCGUGGGUCCCGGCCGCGGCACCGAGCGCUUCGACGGUGUCCAGCCUAACAAAUAUGCCUGGUACACGUUCUCGGCUGUCAUCUACAUUGCUAUCGUGGCCAUGGUCGUACUGGCCUGCAUCAGCACACCCCUGUAUCAGAAAGAGUAUUUUGAGAAACACCCGUUCAGCAUUCUGAACUGGUUUGUGUGGACCGACACGGCCUUUGCCAUUGUGUUCACAGUCGAGGCUCUCAUCAAGAUCAUUGCCGACGGCUUCUUCUGGACCCCCAACGCCUACUUUCGGAGCACCUGGGGCAUCAUUGACGCCAUUGUGCUGAUAACUCUCUGGAUCAACGUCGUCACCCUCUUCAUGAAUGCCGGAGCCGUCUCUAGAGCGGUCGGCGCCUUCAAGGCGCUCAGGGCGCUGCGUCUGCUCAAUGUCAGCGACAGCGCCCGGGAGACGUUCCACUCGCUCAUGAUUGUCGGCGGAUGGAAGAUCCUGAGUGCGGCUUUUGUCUCAAUCUCCUUGCUGAUCCCGUUUGCCAUUUACGGUGUCAACCUGUUCAACGGGAAGCUUAUGGCAUGCAACGACGGGUCAGGCAUUGUGAAUCUGAGCGACUGCGUGGGCGAGUACAACAGCACGCCUUUCAACAACGACUGGCCAGUGCUCGCUCCGAGGGUCGCCUCGAACCCGUACUUCAACUUUGACGACUUCGGCUCGAGCUUGUUUAUCCUAUUCCAGAUCGUAAGCCAAGAAGGAUGGGUAGACGUGUCGUUUGCGACCCAAGCCAUCACCGGAAAGGGCCUCCAGCCAGAAAACGGUCCGCCGUUCAGUGCCCAGGGCAACGCUUUAUUCUUCAUCGCCUUCAACCUCCUGGCCACUGUCUUCGUGCUCACUCUGUUCAUUUCGGUUUUCAUGAGAAACUACACGGAGCAGACGGGAGUGGCUUUCUUGACGGCCGAGCAGCGGUCCUGGCUCGAGCUGCGCAAGCUGCUCCGUCAGAUCUCGCCGUCCAAGAGCGCCUACGACGACAAGAAGAACAAGUGGAAACUAUGGUGCCAUAAGCGCGCCAUUGAGAAGCGCGGCAAGUGGUACAUGGCUAUCACCACCGUUCUGGUCUUCCACCUGCUCCUGCUCCUCACCGAGUUCAGCGAUGAGCCCGAGUUGUGGACGCAGGCCAAGGACGGCUUCUUUCUCCUAUUUAUCCUCAUCUACACCGUCAAUAUCGUUGUGCGCGUCGUCGGCCUUGGUUGGACCCGGUUCCGGAAGAGCUCUUGGGACCUAUUCUCCCUAGUGGCUGUCACGGGCGCCUUUGCCACGUCGAUUCUUUUCUUGACGGACAGGAAGCAGGUCACGUACAUUCAACUGCACAAGUUCUUCUUGGUGGCUCUUGUGCUCCUGCUCAUUCCGCGCAACGACGCGCUCGACCAGCUUUUCAAGACGGCCGCGGCCAGUCUGACGACGAUCGGCAGCCUGCUGGCGACUUGGCUCGUCUUCUUCCUGGUGUUUGCCAUAGCGCUGACGCAGACAUUCAGCCUCACGCGGUUCGGCAGCGAGGAAGAUGCCAACAUUAACCUCCGCACCGUGCCGCACGCCCUCAUCCUCCUCUUCCGGUUCAGCUGCGGAGAGGGCUGGAACGAGGUGAUGGAGGACUUUGCCCAGAUUAGAAGCCCCUUUUGCGUGGAGGGCGAGACGUUUUUCGACAGCGAUUGCGGCAGCACCGCGUGGGCUAGAGUCCUCUUCGUCGCGUGGAACAUCAUCAGCAUGUACAUCUUUGUGAGCUUGUUUGUAUCGCUCAUCUACGAGAGCUUCUCGUAUGUGUAUCAGCGGACGAGCGGGCUGGCCGCCGUCGACCGGGACGAGAUUCGGCGCUUCAAGGAAGCUUGGCGCAGCGUCGAUCCGUCGGGGACGGGCUUCAUCAGCAAGGAGGCGUUCCCGCGACUCCUCGGCGAGCUUUCGGGAGUGUUCGAGAUGCGCAUCUACGAUAACGACGAUUCGGUGCGGGCGAUUCUCGAGGACGUGCAGAACGACAGCAACAAUAACAACGACGCGGCCAGCAUCAGGCAUGCGUCCAUCAUCAGCAAGAGCCAGUACCAAACGGGCAUCGACCUCAAGAAGCUGAACGAGAGGUUGUCGAGGAUUGACGUGGCCAAGGUCCGCGAACGUCGGCGCCGGUUCAACAUCUUCUUUGAGGAGGUCAUGGUCUCGGCGGACCCGGAGAGGGGCAUCUCGUUCACGACGGUGCUGAUGCUCUUGGCGCAUUACAACAUCAUCAACGACAGCAAGGCUCUACGUCUCGAGGAGUUCUUGCGCCGCAAACUGCGCCUCCAGCGCGUUGAGGAAGAAGUCCGCAGACGCAUCGUGCUCGGCUUCUUCGACAUGCUCUACUACUCGCGACAGUUCAAACGGCACAUGGAGACCAAGCGGGCCGGACGCAUGACGGCCAUCCCGCAGCUCGACAUACCCGAGAUUUUGGUGGACAACGAAGAGCACGGUGUCUUCGAGGAGGAAGGAGAGGAACGCGGGGCUCAACAAACUCGGCAGCGGCAGCAGGAGGAGCGAGACGACGGGCACCGAAGAGCGGCGGCAGCAGCAGCAGGCCGCAGCAGAGCCAAGUCCAGCGCGGCUGCCGCCGGAGCGUCCGUUGGUGGGUCUGGGUCGGAGAGCAGCAGCUUGCUCUCGCCGUCCACCAGCCGCGCAAAUAAGUCAUUACAACACCGCAGCUGGGCCGGUCUAGGCGACCUGUCGUCGUACGAUACGUCAUAUAGCAGCCAUCCCUUGGCCGCGCCGCGGGCACCUAGGCCGUCGGCGGCGGCAACGAGCCCCGGAGGCCACCACCACCGGUCGCAGGCGAGCGCCUUCAGCUUUGAGCUGACGGAGCCUGGAUCAUCUAGGGUGGCGGCGGGCGACGACGCGGGGGGGGACGAGGCGACGAGUUUGGGAAGAGACCGCGGUAGUACUGUCGAUCCAGCCGUCGUCAGGGAUAUGCUGGACGAUUCGGUCUGGGUGGAGAGUCUGAGGAGGAGUGCGACGACCAUGAGGAAGAGUGGGUGGGGAUCGGGGGGUUUCAGAUGAUGGAUGUUGGAACAAGCGAGCGUGGCAUGCUUUGGGAGGAGGGUGGUGGUCAGUCUGUGCAGGGGGACCGGGGACACGGAAUGGCGUUCUUUUUUGUUUGGCGUGUCGGCAUUCUUGGCUGUCUUUUGGCUUCGUCAUGGGCAAUGGUAUGGAGAGGAGGAUACGUCAUUUGGUGUCCUUGUGGACUCUGAGAGAUGGCUGGCGUGGUUGUUGUACAAGAGGACUGGCGCUGUAGGGGGCGACUGUUAAACUUCUGAGUUCUCUUUCCAAGCGUGUACGGAAUAUCGGUGUAGGCACCACCAUUCAAUACUGGAGGGCGGCUGUUUCGGUAAGGACGAACCCCGAUAGAUGCUCUUAGAUAGCCUAAUCCCUUGGGUCAGAGCUCAUCCAAUAGAUGGUCGGAAUCUGUAUGGUACAGCAUAGAGAGGUGAUAGUAUUGUGGGACCCUGACGGGAUACUAGAUACUGUGGCGACGAAGCAGACAG